UGAUUCGCAGUUCGGCGAGCCGGGCUCUGAGAGUGUCGAUCAUUACGUCCAGCUUUCAUCGUUUGAAGUUACGUGUAUUGCUGUUCAUCGGUACCGAAUAUCGCCUGGAAAACAGACAAAAAUGUUAACAACAAAGUGUCACACCAUGAAAACGACGUCCCUGCAUGAUUAGUUGUGGAUCUAUGAUUCGACUAUCCGGUAAACUGUGACAGAUGAUUAAAGUCUUCUAUUGAAUCUCUUGACUUGUAAUUAGUUUCAUACUCUCAGAACGGCAUUGUCAAUACCAUUCUUUACAGACGUUUCAAAUCAACUUUGAAAAUAACACGAGGAUAUUCAUGAGUCAGUGUAUCUGCAUAACGGAGCCUUUCAAAACGAGAUAUCAAUCGAUGGACAGUAUCUCAUGAAGGAUUGCAGCUUUGGUUAGAGAGAACUACAAAGUUGGAAGUUAUAAUGAGUGAGAAAAUGACGUUGACGUUUCAUUCUCCGAUAAUGGAAGAGGUCGAGCGAGGCUUGUUAUCCGAGGGUCUGGAGCAACGCAAAGAGGCAUUCAAGGACGAUGAAGAAUUGAUGAAGGAAACGACAAGGUUCGUCGCUGACGUCAUUGAAUCCGCAGCCACCGAGGCCUCUAAACGGAAGUGUCAAAAAGCGGAGUUUCAAGCUGAUGAAGGAAGUAGUUUGAGAGGGGGAGAUCGUAUCCGGGGUUGGAACUCAAGGGCUCGGGGCUUCUGCAACCGAAUUCUGAAUGCAGUUUGUCCCUGCAUCACGACCAAUGAAUUUAUCAGCUGGGCCUCAUAUCGCUUCACGAGACCUUAGCCAGCUCCCACAGGCUUCAAGAAUGAAUUCUCCUUCACUCAAUCGACAUACCGUUCGUCGAUGUAACCGAUAAAGUAAAUUUGUCAAUUUUACAGCUGACUUCAUAAAAGAUCAAACGAUCGAGAGACGAUGCAGCACAAUCGAUUUAUGUUCUUAUGUCUAUAAUACCACAUUACGUAUGUAUGUGUACUAACUAACUAUGGUACGAUUCCAUACGAUAAUCGUACCAUUUUUUUACCAUCAAACAAUCGUGCUCAGUUUUGUGGAGACUACUUAUUUGCUCUGAAUACACUUGCUGAGAAUUAUACAUCAGAAUUCUCGUUAGUUAUUUUAUACUCCCAUACGGUAUGUGGUACGCUCUUUAUAAUUAUACACUUUCCAAAACCGAUCUUCAGCAGUCUCGAAUUAUGAUCCCGGUCGUAGGGCUGUAAGGAAAUCGAUCGACCUCGCUUUAUUGAGGACACUCGAGUGAAUAAUGAUCGUCGGUUAUAUAUCGAGCGGAAUUAUAACACGGGGUGACUAUACUGUAUUCAGUGUACUGUAUAAUUAGGUUGAACAAUCUGAUUGCAAAUAACACCCAUGCUAAAAGAGGGAAGUAAAACGCAAACAAAACUGUGCAGUGAGUGCACAUAAUAAAUGUCGAGAGAAAAAAGUGUGUAGAAAAUUAUAUAUAUAUAAAUAUAUAUAAGAAACUGUUAAUAUUGAUAGAAAAAAUUAAUUAUAAAUAUGUCUAUAUAUAUAUUUACACCCAUCGUCUGACAAUCAGCGAAGCUUUCGGCCACAUUAUCGACCAAUACGUUCGUGUAACAAUAAAUGUACAAAAACCACGUAUGUGGAUGUCGUGCAUAUCUUCUUGAUCUUAUAAUGUCAUAGGUAUAACUAAUGGAAAAAAUUUCUCGUACCCAUUUGAGCCCUGCACAGCAUUAAUCGUUCGACAUGAAAAUAAUCUCUGAGCUUUUACGCAGACACUUUAACGUUGUACGUGUAUAACAUUUAAAAUGGAUGACUGUUACGAUGGUGAUAAUCGUUCGUAUUUGUAAAGUGGUCAAGCUAUGUUAUGUAAUCUCUGAAAAUUAAGAAAAAAAUGCGAUCGAUUUUGUCCGUAUGAAAUUCAGGUCACAUGCAGUGCUGAAUAACCGUCGUGAUACGUACUUCUGUAUAGCUGCACGUAAAUUUUAUUGCAGUAUUGUGGACCAAGCUUGAAUCGAUAAUGCAGUAUGACUAUUCACUUCCGAAGCUAUAACUAUUACGUUCAAGGCUCACCGCAGUGAUUGUACAAACACAAAGGUUCAGUGAAAUUUGCAAUUGUAAUUUUCUGUUCUGAUUAACUAAGAUUUUAAGCAGAGAAACCGAAACAAAA